AUCGUGAGGCAGGACCAGGGUGGGUUUGCGCAGGCGCUCUGCUGAGUUGCAGGUCUCACUACAGGGCCGGUGUCUGUGGGGACUGUUCAGUCUUUCCCGCCGCAGAGGGAGAGGCAGAGCGUUCAAGAUGGAGUCCGAGGCAAACGGUGGAGGAGUCACGAGGGCAGCCGAUGAAGACGCAGUUGCCGAGGCCUUUGCAGCUGGCAUAGCAGGUGGUGGUCAAGGCGUUCUGGGUGGUGCUGGUGGCGGCAAUGGCCCUGGCGACCCAGCUGUCCCUGGUGACGCCGUCAGUCGAGGAGUCCCUGGCGGCUCCGGUGACCAGGCUAAUCCCAGAGGCCCCAGUGCUGCCGGAGAGUCAGGUGGUGCAGCCGGUGCCAUUCCACAGAUCCUGGGGGCACCCCACGCACCAGGGCCUGGUGGAGACGCUGCACCUGGAGCCGGAGUUCUGAGUAACCGAGCCCUCCAGUUCAGCCUCACUGUGCCUUUCGCAUCGCAUGAGGAGGCGGACAUCGCCCGCCACUUCCUGACUCCACGUACUCAACUGCAAGGGCCAAUUCGGAAGGAGCUCAAUGUUAAUGGCCGCAUGUUGGUUCUCCAAUUGACUGCUGAAGACCCUGGCCUGUUCCAGACGUCCAUUGCCUUCUGUCUGGACCAGCUUUCCAUGGUGAUUCGGACCUUGCAGCACUUUGUGCCCCCACUUUAUGCUAAGCCUCAUCACAGAAGAGGGGCUUAAACCUAGCCUAUGUGCCCUAGCUCAAGUAUCCUUCCCCAGGGCAUUGCUUUCUGAUUUAGUUUGAUGGGGCUUCAUCUAGUGCUUGUGCUGCUGCUUCAGGGCUCAGGGUCCACUUUGUUUGGUGAUUGUUAACUGCAGAAAAUAAAACUGAGCUACUGUGCUGUC